ACCCAAAAAAAAAAAUACAAAAAAACACAAGAAAAAAAACUGAAAAAGCCUCCACUUUUUGUUGAAUAAAAAUAAUAUCUGCGGCUAGUGUCUAGAUAUUUUUUUUUGUAUUACAUAAAACUAUAAUUAGUAAAGCAUGCAUUUUUAAUAUAUAUGUCAGAUUGUUUGGCGUUUUCCAAAUAUAAUUCCCGUUGAAAAAUUAAAUGAAAUAAUUUCAAAUUUACUAUUAUGAAGGCACCGGCAGCCCCAACUAUUAUUGAAGAAAUCGAUUUAAUUGAUUCCGGUGACGAUGAUUGUGGUAGUUUGGCCAGCAGUUCAACGGCUAAUACAUCUAGAAGUGCAACUCCAACUAACCGUAGUAGAAAACUUAAAAAACGAAAAGCUUCUUCAAAAGUAGUAAAACCACCGUAUAAGUAUUCGUUUCAUUUGAAGGAAGAUCAUAAUCAGCCAAUUUUUGGAGCCCAAUUUCAUCAUGGUAUUAAAAAUAAAAAUAUUUUCGCCUCAGUUGGUUCCAAUCGUAUUUCGGUGUACGAGUGUUUACCUAAUGGACAAAUUACUUUAUUGCAAUCAUAUUCCGAUCCCGACACAGAUGAAAUUUAUUAUACUUGUGCGUGGUCCACGGAACCAGAUGAAAGUAAAACCAGUCGUCCUAUAUUAGCAGCAGGUGGAUUACGAGGUGUUAUCAGAGUAUUUUGCUUAAAAAUGCAAACUUGUACUAAACAUUUUAUUGGUCAUGGACAUGCAAUAAAUGAAUUAAAGUUCCAUCCAAAGUUAGCACAUAUUCUUUUAUCUGGUAGUAAAGAUCAUUCUUUACGUUUGUGGAAUAUUAAGACUGGAAUAUGUGUAGCUAUUUUCGGUGGUGUUGAGGGCCACCGAGAUGAAGUGCUUGGUGCCGACUUUGAUUUGAAAGGUGGGAAAAUUAUAUCUUGCGGAAUGGAUCAUUCGUUGAAAUUGUGGAGAUUAGAUAAACCAGGAAUUAAAGAAGCAAUAACAAAUAGUUCUAAUAUUGACUAUACGAAAAAUUACGGACUUUUUCCAACGAUUAAAGAACAUUUUCCUGAUUUUUCAACCCGAGAUAUUCAUCGCAAUUAUGUUGAUUGUGUUUUCUGGCUGGGAGAUUACAUAUUGUCAAAAUCAUGUGAAAACUCUAUUGUUUGCUGGAAGAUUGGUAGUAAUAUGGAAGAAACGGAAGUAAAACCGAAAGAUAACAGAACCACAAUUAUACACAGAUUUAAUUUUAAAGAAUGUGACAUAUGGUUUGUUCGUUUUGGUAUGGAUUAUUGGCGUCGUAUAAUGGCUUUGGGCUCACAAAAUGGUAAAGUUUUUAUAUGGGAAUUAGACCCCACUGAUGUGAAUUUAACAAAAUGUAGCACAUUGAGUCAUCAGAAAUGUACCUCAACUAUUCGACAAACUGCCUUUUCAAGGGAUGCUCAAAUUUUAAUUUGUAUAUGUGAUGACGGUAGCAUAUGGAGAUGGGACAAAGUUUUGUGAAUUGUAACUUGUAUUCUAAGUUUUAUAUUUUUUUUAUAAUUCAAAUAUACAUAUUCUGCAUCAGAUCAUUUAAAUUAUCAAUGUUGUCUUGUAAAUUUUCAUUAUUCCCACUUUUUGGUUAC